GUAAUUCAGCAACAAUAUUUUAGACUUUGGAGGAUCUUAUUAUAUGACGAAAAAUCAAAGUUAAACUAUACCAGUUUAACAAGUAUAAUAGAUACCUCAUCAUUCAAAGAAAAAAAUACAAAAAAGAGAUACCUCAUUCAAAGUAAAAAGAAAUAGAUUCUAGAAUCUAAUUAAGAAAUGGGAAAUUGCAUAUCUUGUAUAUCUUCAGAUAUUCAAGUGUAUGGGGAUGACUUCCAUGAAAAUUGCUUGCACAUUGUUGAAAGAGGCCAUAAGGUUGGUUCUGUGCACUCUCGGCGAGGAGCCAGAGGUCUAAAUCAAGAUGCUGCUAUUCUCCAUGAGGGGUACGGAAAUACAGAAGAUGGGGUAUUAUGUGCUCUAUUCGACGGGCAUGGAAUAUAUGGACAUAAAGUGAGCAUGUUUGUAAGAAACCAGCUACCUGCAUUACUAUUAAACCAAAGAUCAUCUUUGGGAUGGGAUGAGGCUUGUGUUGUUAGUUCUUUCGAAGCAAUGGAUGAGCAGCUCAAGCAGUUCGAGCAUGUGGACUCUACUCACAGCGGUUCUACUGCUGUGGUUGUCAUCAAACAGGGUGCAGAUCUUGUUAUCGCUAAUCUUGGAGAUUCCCGAGCUGUAUUGGGAACAAUAACUGAAUUUGGUGUCCAAGCUACCCAGUUAACGGUGGAUCUGAAGCCUGAUAUAAUUGCUGAAGCUAAUCGGAUUAGAGAUUCUAAAGGCCGGGUGUUUUCUCUAGAGAACGAAGCACACAUCACACGAAUAUGGCAACCCGAAGAGGACAUCCCAGGCCUUGCCAUGUCUCGAGCUUUUGGAGACUUCAAUAUGAAGUCCUACGGGUUAAUUGCCAUUCCUGAGGUUUUUCAUCACCGAUUAAAUUCAGAGGAUCACUUCCUUGUGCUGGCUAGCGAUGGGGUGUGGGAUGUGCUAAGCAACGAGGAAGUUGUCUCAGCUGUGUGGUCAGCAGAAAACAGAGAGGCAGCCGCAGCAGCAGUUACGUAUAGAGCUCAUGCAGCAUGGUCACAAACCUUUCCAUCGGCAAGGCCUGAUGACUGCACGGCCAUCUGCCUGUUCUUGUAGCCGUGGCAGGAAAAAGAACAUGUACUUGCUUAUGUAUGGAUUAUGAAAAAAACCAGAUGUAUCCGUUUAUUGUACUUUUAGGUUUUGCACGAUUGUUUGUACUCCGUAACACGCAGUACAUAUUUUUCAUUUUACGAUAAGAAAACCAUCUGUGGAUUCUAUACAUAAAAGUUUGAUAUGGCAAAUGAGCUAGUCGUGUAAAGUUUGUCCAUUUUAGGUAGCAAGUCAGUUGACUCGGUUCAGGAAGGGUAUAUUCUAUUAGCUAUCAGGUCAAAUAUGUUCUACAAUGUGAUAAU